AUCUGGUUAGAGAUAAUUACGAAUGAAAGAAAAUAUCCUGAGUCAUCAGUAAUGAAGGGGUAACGCAAAGCGCAGAACGCUUACGAGUCUGAUCGCGUGGCUAGAAUCUCGCGAGACUUCAACGUUCAAGACCAAGAGAUGGAGGAAACGUGCAAGUGGAGAGGGCUCCGACGAUUAUAGUCGUCCCUGGUUUCGAGCCGGACAGCUCAGUUCAUUCGGUUGGUAGAGGCGAACGGUAGUGCAUAGCACGACAGCUGAUUCUAGGGACAGUGUUGCGUUCUUUCUCUCCGCUGUCAGUCGCAGUUGACACCGUGGAUCGGUUAGCUGCCUAACGAUUUGAUUCCCGCUUAUGUGUCAUGUUGUAACGGAGACAAUCGCGAUCCUACCAAGUACCAAUUUCUUCGAAAACGAAUGCAGCUUCGCGAUCCGAGAACUUUCUCAUCGAUUAUUAGAAAAGCUAAGACAAGGAUUAAAGGCGCAUCGUAACGAUUCACUACGGCCUACCUACUUAGCUGCUUCUUCUUCUAUCGUGAUUACCGUACAAUCACUAUUUUCUUGUAAAACGCGACUGUUGUGCAUGGUGGAGCGACCGAGGAAAGGGCGGAGAAGCAAAGGAUGCACAGCGUCAUCAUCAGGGUAUGAUUUCGAACGCUGUUAGGAUACCUAAAUUUACCUUCGACCGAUGCAUCAGCAGAUGAUGGCAGAUUUAAAGAAUCUCGCUUUGGCCGGUGGAGGAGGAUCUAGAUACAGUGGGGAUGAACAAGUACAGUUCAUUCCAGGUGGAAGUCAUCAGGUGACCAUUAAAUCUCCUCCACCUUCGUUGCAUUUAGAAAAUCUCAACAAUGCUGUUCUCAGUGGUUCGCAAAACAAUCUUCACUGCAAUUGCAAUGGCAGUACGUCCAAUGGUACCGCAGUUGCAAUGUGUAGCAGUAGUAUGUUCGCGAGGAAGGUACCAAACCAUAGUCCAGGACAAGAUGGCAAAAGGCCGGCAGUAACAUUAACGCAUUUACCGAAGAGGCCACCGGUUGACAUUGAGUUCAAGAACCUAGCGUACAGCGUGUCCGAAGGCAGGAAGAGAGGUUACAAAACAAUUUUAAAAUGCGUAAACGGCAAAUUCCGAUCAGGAGAAUUGACCGCUAUCAUGGGCCCUUCAGGUGCUGGGAAAAGUACAUUGAUGAAUGUCUUGGCAGGUUACAAAACAUCUCACCUGAGCGGUUCCGUUUUGAUAAACGGGAAGGACAGGAAUCUGAGAAGAUUUCGAAAGAUGUCCUGUUACAUAAUGCAAGAUGAUCGUCUUUUACCUCAUUUAACAGUCUAUGAAGCAAUGACAGUUUCGGCCAAUUUGAAAUUGGGAAAAGACAUCAGCACAAGGGAAAAGAGAGAAGUGAUCGAAGAAAUCAUCGAAACCCUCGGCCUAAGCGACGCGAGCAAUACACAAACUCAUUGUCUCAGCGGAGGACAGAGAAAGAGGCUAUCGAUCGCUUUAGAGCUUGUUAACAAUCCUCCGGUGAUGUUUUUCGAUGAACCAACUUCUGGCUUGGACAGUUCGACUUGUUAUCAAUGUUUAAGUUUGCUCAAAUCAUUAAGUAGGGGAGGAAGAACAAUUAUAUGUACGAUACAUCAACCAAGCGCUCGAUUGUUCGAGAUGUUCGAUAAUUUGUACCUUUUGGCCGAGGGCCAAUGUAUAUAUCAAGGAAACGUUGGAGGUCUGGUGCCCUUUUUAUCAUCAAUGGGCUUGGAAUGCCCUAGCUAUCAUAAUCCAGCGGAUUACGUUAUGGAAGUGGCAUGUGGAGAACAUGGAGAAUGUGUGCAUAAAUUAGUCAUGGCAGUAAAUAAUGGUAAAUGUGCUAAUUACCAGCACCAUCAAGCUACGAUAAAUGCAGUGCAAACUGUAUCGAAUGAUAUCGCGAAAGAAUCGCCUCAACAAGAAACGAAGUCUGAAUCUGCUUUAAUACCAAACGGUGUGGCAAAACAACCGAAUGGUGGGACGGUAAUCAACAUACCAAUUUCUUGUACGACAUCUUUAUUGGACAGUGCGGAAAGUAUAGAACAGAAAGUUGGCUUUCCAACGAAUAGUUGUACACAAUUUUGGAUCCUUCUUAAAAGAAUAUUCUUGUCGCAAAUAAGAGAUAUGACAUUAACGAGAGUAAGGCUGAUUUCCCAUAUAAUCGUUGGGUUCCUUAUCGGUGCAAUUUAUUACGAUAUCGGUAAUGAAGCCUCGCAAGUAAUGAGCAAUGCUGGCUGCGUUUUCUUUACGGUGAUGUUUCUCAUGUUCACCGCUAUGAUGCCUACGAUUCUUACGUUUCCGACAGAAAUGGCUGUAUUCGUGAGAGAACAUUUAAAUUACUGGUAUUCUGUAAAAUCUUAUUAUCUUGCGAGAACUUUAGCCGACGUACCCUUUCAAAUAGUAUAUUCUAUAGCAUACGUCAUUAUUGUAUAUUUCAUGACGUCGCAACCAUUGGAAACAAAUAGAUUCAUGAUGUAUUUAACUAUAUGUAUAUUAACAGCGCUAGUUUCCCAAUCCAUCGGUUUAGUAAUAGGAUCAGCGAUGAGUGUGGAGAGCGGAGUAUUUAUUGGCCCUGUAGCGUCAGUGCCAAUUGUUCUGUUCUCCGGUUUCUUCGUCAAUUUUGAUGCCAUUCCAAAGUAUCUGAAGUUUCUUUCGUACGUGAGUUACGUCAGAUACAGUUUCGAAGGCGCCAUGAUUUCAGUAUAUGGUUAUGAUCGUGCUAAGCUCAAGUGUUCCGACGCGUACUGCCACUUCAAGAGCCCGACGAAGUUCCUCGAAGAAAUGUCGAUGCAAAACGCCGUCUUCUGGUUAGAUGCCGUUGCGUUGGCAGGUUUUUUGCUUACCUUGAGGGUGAUCGCCUACUUUGUACUGAGACUGAAGUUACGAUCUCUUCGUUAAAACACACAGUGGCCGAAUAUAAUCAAUAAUCGUCUUACGAAUAUUAGUUUCACCUCAAUCUCACUGAAACAUUUGAUCAACGAGUCUUCUCCAGAAAUCCACCAUUACGAUUCUAAAUUUCAAUGUUUUUUUCGCUGAAAAUUGAAAUUCUCAGACAUUUCUGCAUCAGAAUUACAAACCCGCGUGAAAAAGGCGCAAUGGAAUAUUCUCAUUUUCCUUUGCCAUCAGCUGUUAACACUCUACUUUCCACUUGCCCGAGCUCAUCGUCUCAUUUAUACUCUCGUAUUGUGAAUAACAAACUCGCCUUUAGAACGCUCUAUUGUAGAGAGUGCACAGUGCUUCGUUACUUCGAAUUUUUUCAAAAAUAUCGAGGAUUACGAAGGAGCCUGCAUUCUCGAUAACGCGUUCUCGAUAUCAAUUGCAAUUAAUGUAAUUUCCGCCAUGUAAAUAUAGAUUGUAAAAAUUGGGGAAAACAUUCAACAUUUAUAUUUCACGCAGACACGAAAGAUAUGUAUGUUGAAUGUUAUUCUGUAUGAUAUCAAACGAGAUGACUUUAGUAGAUACAAACGAAUGAUAACACAUAGAGGCCGACAGUUUAAGCAUUUUUAAUAAACUAGUGUGCGCAAGAAUUACAUUGGAAUUGUAAAUCAUCGAUAAUAAUCCAAAAAGAGAGACCAUCGUUGGUACUACGCAUUCUCAAUCGAAGUGCAAACAUUUAUAGCCAAUUAUUACAAACUCGCCAGGAGCCUUAGGCUCAUUCAAGACUCAUGGUCCCUCCAACAAGCGCCACGUGUGCACUGCGCGACAACAUAGACUUUUUUUGAUAGAUAAGCAAUAGAAUUUAUAAAUCACAAAAAUUAGGACGAAUCCUUUAUUGUUCUCAUGUUUACAUCGAUCGCUACAUUCACUUACGAUUAGUCUAUGCGAGAGGUAUCUUGAAGAUAUACUAGCGAUCAUAAACGAUAAUUGUUUAACACUAUCGGACAAAAAAAAAUUUUAGCCGAAAACUCAAGUACCAAAAAUUACAUAUGUAUGUCCGAUAUUUACGUAUAUCGGUGAGAUACUUAAAUACAUAUUUGUACUAAAUGAUUUCUUACAAGAUCGCGAGCAAUUCUUAACCAUAUUGUCAUUCCAUAUAUAGAUAAUUCAAUAAUUAUAACAUUUAAGCGAUCAAGAAAAAUGAUGAAACAUUAUAUUGUAAAAAGCUCACACCUGACCAAUCACUAGCUGCCUGUGCGUUUGCUUCUAAGUCUGGAGUGCUGAACAUUGUUACAUUUACUACGUUGUUUAAUUAGGAAGGUAAAAAGGGUAUAUUAUUUAAAAAAAAAAAAAAGAAAAAGCGAAAGAAAGAAAAGAAAAAAGUUAGAAAAACGAAGAAAGCAAAUUAGGCAUGGGAGUGUAACAAAUUUAACAAGAUUAUUCUGGUUUUGGAAACUUUUACAGGAAUUUUUUUUACGGCCUAUGCAUUGUUCUUAUCAUUAGGUUCGUUUAUCCGAUAACUGAGAAAAUAAAAAACGGAAAGAAAAAAGAUUCAUAGACUUCUCCUUUGACUCCUUUGACUUGAAUUAGAUAUCAUGUAGCGUUUCGUAAUAUGUAAUGAUAUAAUACGUAUUCGUAAUAUGUAAACACACGUUAUUUUGAGGACAGAAUAAUCUUAGUCUUUUAUAGUUAUUUGAUAUUGUUACACUUAAGUUUAAGUUUUCCAAUUUUGGACAGAAAUCAUGUAGAUUAAAAUAUUAUCAUAUAAAUAUUUUUAUAUUUCAAUAUCAGAUAUAAAUCUAACUUAUUGUUAGUACUUUUCGUUUAAAGAAAAUUAUUAUCUACUUUAUCUUGAUGGUAGAGGUGAAUUAUAUUCAACUUGUAUUCCAAUAUAUAUUCAGUAUCUUUAAUGUAAUUGCAACGUAAUUUUGACAGUACUUAUUACAGGCAUUCUAAAUGCUUACAGUUUCUCAGAAAAUCAUACCUUUACUCUUAAUCAACUUAUUUUAAAUAUAACAAAAUAUUAAUUUGUUUCUUCUUAUUCGAGUUUAAGAAUUAGUUCGAUCACAAAUUGUGUGAAAUUGUUAUCAAACGAUGAUGUUAUACCAGUAAAUAAUUUAUGCUUUGCAUAUAACUGAUACAUCGUAUAAAAAAAUAAUUUAUGAAUCAUGGAAUGAGAGUAGAGAAAGCAAUAGGCCAAAAAUUUCCAUAUUUUUAGAUUCGCUGUCAUUUAUAUUUUUACUUAUUAUUAUAUAUAAAAAAAUUAACCAAAUAUAUGUAAUCAAGAAACAACGACGCACUACAGUAUACAUAACAUACGUGCGAAUAUUUUAUCCUUGUUUCAUUUUUACCAUUGUAAAGUAAACUUUUACCGUAAACAAAUGUUUAAAAUCGACAUUAACAUAAAUUACUUUUAUUUCAUUCUGAAUGUGUUCUAGUAAUGAUAACUUGGAAUGUCUGUGAUUCAGUAUCGGCAAAUAAUUGUUUAACGUUCAAAAAUAAAGCUUUAUGAAAUGUACAUAUAAAAUAGUAUAACAUAAGGACGUGAGGUAAUAGGAAACUGAAAUUGAAUCGGUACAAUCAGAAUGUAACAGUUUGUUCCCAUUUUGAAAAUGAAUGAAAUAUCUGUUUAAAUCUUGGUUCGUAUCUAUAACAUAACGAAAGUGAGAUGUACAAAAUUUGAAAUAAAGUAACUGUUCAAGUGCUGUAUAGUCAACUCUAUAUGUAUUCUUAAUAAUUUUGUUUAUAAAAAUAAUACAUAGAAAUAUAUUUACUUAUAUUGAGCCAAGGUUUAAACAUAUGUAACAUUGGUAUGGUCAAUCGAAACAAUAGAUUUCACAUUCACAUACAUUGCAUUCUUAGUUUAUUGUUUUUUUUAAUUUCUUACUAAUCUUUAAUUAUUCUUUCUACGCAUAAUGCUGCAUAAUUCAUAAUUAAAUGAAUUAUUAACAAAUGAAUAAUCGGUAAAAUGUCAGAUUUAAUCAUACAUGAAUCCGCGGAUAUUGUGUUCAAGGCUCGCGAGAACUGAGACUGUAAUAACGAACAAGCAAAUUUUUAAUUGCACGUGACCAUCUUGCGAGCAGAAUAAAUUUGAAUAGCAUAAUAUUAUGUCUGCAUAUACAUAUAGGUACGCGGCAUAGAAAAAUUCCGAUUAAGACGUUAUCGCUUUCAGGACACAUACUUCACAUGUACAAUGUACAAUGAACGUAUAUUGUCCGACCAUGUAUCGCAUACAAUUCAUGACACUUUUUUCAAAUAUUGUAAUUUUAUAUAACCAAAAAGGUAUACGUGUGUAAGGCUGUGCGUUUGUGUGUGUAAACAUCGAAAACAAAUAAAGAUGAGUAUGUAAAAAGGAGAAAAAGCUUUAACAAAUUAUAUGUACACGCGGGAAGAAGGAUAUCAAUACAAAUCUUUGCGAAACAAAGUUUCCAAUCUACUAUUCCAUGUUCUAAGCAAGGAAUGACAUGUUUAUACUAAAGCACAAAUGAAUAAAAACAUCUGUAUGAUAUGUAAAAACACAA